GUGGGCGAGGGGCCGCCAUGACAGUCGUCGUAUUUUCUGUCAACUGCGAGCACGUAGCGGCUUCGGGAGCGACGUUGUCGUGAAAAUCUCGCGCGGCUCGGCGUCCGUCGCGAUCGAAAGGGGCCGUCCCGCAUCCCGGGCCUGUCGGGCUGGCCGUUGCGGCUGUCGAGGAGGCGGUGGGCGAGCGCGCGUGGCCAUUAUCGGCGAUUUGUUUGUGGGCGUUGAUGGCGAGGUGAGACGUCGGGAGGCGGCCUGUGCGGAGCACGGCGCGGCGCGGCGCUGUCGAGAGUACAAGGGAGAAAGAGAGAGAGAGAGAGGGAGAGAGCUGGCCUGUGCGGAGGUUCCCCCUCCGCCCUUCUCGCGCCUCCGUGUGUCGCGACGAGCGCGCGUCUCCCCCGUUCCGUCUGUACAUGUGUGCGUGCGGCAAAAGAGGCGAGGAGGAGGCGGCCUCGGAGCCGACGGAGAACGAGAUGCGAGAACCGCCGACGGCACCGUGCACCACGAUGAACAGUCAAAUAUGUCAGACACGUUUAAUUAAUAUCCUUCAGUGAACGAAGAUGAAUAGUGAGCAGCAUGCAUUGCCAGCGACUACGCAGGCACAACAAGAGGAUGUAAAUGCGGGUCAAAGUGGUCGCCCAUCAUACCCAGGUGGUUUGGCUACUGCGACCGCGAGUCUUGGCAAUGUAGGGAGUACCCCCCAUUCAUCCACGGACCUGCGUGUAGGUACUGCCGUAGCGUUAGCCUCCUCGGUAGCUAAGUAUUGGGUCCUCAAUUUACACGGAUUGCUUCCUGGAACGCUACCUCAGGUCUCGGUCUUUCAUCCCCACCACAACUCCUCGCAUAGGAGUGGUGGCAGUGGGGAGGCAUCAUCCUCCAAAGAGUCAGCCUCUUCAUUGAAUCAGGAAAUGGCGUUGACUUCCAGCUCGCAUCAUCAACAACAAUCUACAGCCGCGCAUCAUCAUCAUCAGCCAUCGGUUAACAGCAGCAGCCAUCACAGUUCUCUGCAAUCGAAUCCGCAGAUUCCCGUAUCUCUUCCCGGCCUUAAUUUAGACGGCGCGCAUAUACCGGCGAGCGUUAGUCACCUGCAGGUUGCGCAUGCACAAAUGCAACAACAAAUGCAGGCACAAGCACAGCAGCAGCUGCACCAGCAGCAGCAACAGCAACAAGCGCAGCCGUCGCAGCAGCAACAGCAGCAGCAGUCCCAUCAUCAGAUGCCAAAUCAUCAGAACGCCCAGAACAACGGACCGACGGGACACGGCCAAAACGCACAGCGAGACGACAACAAAGUCAAGGACGAGGGCGGUAGUUGCACCACCGAGCGCUGCAGCGACAAUCAGGUUCACUGUCAAGUUCAAUGCGAUCUGCAAUUACAACCUCCGCAAGAUCUUCAACAGAGCUUGAUGCAACAGCAGCAGCAGCAACAGCAGCAGCAGCAGUCGCAGAUCGGGGUCAACAUCAGCGGAAAUUCCACCACCGAGGGCGGGAGUCAGAAUAAUUCCGAGAAGCCUGAGAAAGAAAAGGAAUUGCGGCAACUGAAUAUGACUCAAUUCCAAGUCCCUGACUUAAAGCCAGGAGGACACAUGAUGGAUGUGAGAACGGCGGACGGAUCGGUUGUGAAAAUCAGCGCGGGAAACGAGCAAGAUUUGGCGAAAACUCUCGGCGUCGAAAUGGUACAAAAUAUGUACAAGGUAAACGUUGAAGAUAUUAAUCAACUCUUGGCUUAUCACGAAGUCUUUGGAAAGCUACAAAGUGAAAUUGCGGCUGGAACAACUCUAGUGGGUAGCACUGUUCCCACGCAGACAGUUACCACGAUACAAAAUGGUACUCCAAUCGUGCAGCAAGUCCCACUGAACAAAUUUGAUAUAAAAUCGAGCGAUGGCGAGGCAACUCCCGGUCCAAGUGCAUCGCCCGUAUCAGUUGGCAGUCACGCUUGCGAGAUAUGCGGAAAGAUCUUUCAGUUUCGUUAUCAGCUUAUCGUGCAUCGCAGAUAUCAUACCGAGAGGAAGCCGUUUACGUGUCAGGUAUGCGGUAAAGCGUUCUCGAACGCAAACGAUUUGACGCGUCACGGCAAGUGUCACUUGGGUGGAUCCAUGUUCACUUGCACAGUCUGCUUUCAUGUUUUUGCGAACGCACCUUCGCUGGAUCGCCAUAUGAAGAGACACGCCACCGACAAACCGUACAAUUGUACAGUCUGUGGUAAGAGCUUUGCGCGCAAAGAGCAUUUGGACAACCAUACGAGAUGUCACACUGGCGAAACACCUUACAGGUGCCAAUACUGUUCAAAGACAUUUACCCGAAAAGAACACAUGGUAAAUCACGUUCGCAAACACACUGGUGAGACUCCACAUCGAUGUGAUAUUUGCAAGAAGAGCUUUACUCGCAAAGAACACUUUAUGAACCAUGUUAUGUGGCACACAGGAGAAACCCCUCAUCAUUGCCAAGCCUGCGGCAAGAAGUAUACGCGUAAAGAGCAUCUCGCUAACCAUAUGCGCUCUCACACGAAUGAUACGCCGUUCCGUUGUGAAAUAUGCGGUAAGUCGUUUACGAGGAAGGAGCAUUUCACGAACCACAUAAUGUGGCACACGGGUGAGACGCCGCACCGCUGCGACUUCUGCUCGAAGACGUUCACGCGAAAGGAGCAUCUCCUGAACCACGUUCGCCAGCACACGGGUGAGUCUCCACACCGAUGCGGCUUCUGCUCCAAAUCGUUCACCAGAAAGGAACACCUUGUUAACCACAUUCGCCAACACACAGGGGAGACGCCCUUCCGCUGUUCAUACUGUCCGAAAGCAUUUACGCGGAAGGAUCACCUGGUGAACCACGUCAGGCAGCACACGGGUGAGUCACCGCACAAGUGCCAGUAUUGCACCAAAUCCUUCACGCGGAAGGAACAUUUGACCAAUCACGUGCGUCAACAUACAGGCGAAUCGCCACACCGAUGCCACUUCUGCUCCAAAUCAUUUACUCGUAAGGAGCAUUUGACGAAUCAUGUGCGCAUCCACACUGGCGAAUCUCCACAUAGGUGUGAGUUCUGCCAGAGGACGUUCACUAGGAAAGAACACCUAAAUAAUCAUCUCCGUCAACAUACCGGAGAUUCCUCACAUUGUUGCAACGUGUGCUCCAAACCAUUCACAAGAAAGGAGCAUCUCGUGAAUCAUAUGCGUUGCCAUACCGGUGAACGUCCAUUUGUGUGCACGGAAUGUGGCAAGAGUUUCCCAUUGAAGGGCAAUCUUCUCUUCCAUAUGCGCUCGCACAACAAGGGCAGCAACGCCGAGAGGCCGUUCCGCUGCGAUCUGUGUCCCAAAGAUUUCAUGUGCAAAGGACACUUGGUCUCGCACCGACGCUCGCACUCUGAUGAGCGGCCGCACAGUUGCCCAGACUGCGGCAAGACCUUCGUCGAGAAGGGCAAUAUGCUGCGACACUUGCGCAAGCACGCGGCCGAAGGACCGCCGACACAGGUUAGCACGCCGUCGGCGAUACCGCAAACCGGCGUUCUGCCGAUUCCAGCGGCAGCGGCGGUCCUGGUGGGACACCCAUUAGCGCCACCGGCGCCUCCUGUCGUCCCGCAACACACGGUGGUAGUGCCGACACCGCCCGGCGUAUUGGCAUCGUACUAGAUCAUGAUCCAGAUAAGGAAGAUGGAGAUGACAAAUCCUAAAAAUGCUAUAGAAGCUUGGAGGAUUCCUCCGAGGAUGAGAUAAGACAAAGAGAGCAAGAAGAAUAGAGAGAAAUAGAAAGGAAAGAGAAAGCCAUCCGAGAGAAGGCGUCUGAUAUAUGCUGUGUGUAUACUUAAUAUAUACGAUUGUGUCCAAGAAGUGUGAAGAUUGUGCGCCGCUAUUCGUUGUUUCUUUGAGGAAACUUGAAUUGCAGUGAGGUUAUUAUUUAAUAUAUGGGAUUAUUAACAUACGCCAUAUAUUUGAAUUAUCAUGUGUUUCGCGUGCUGCGCAAUCCAUCUGCGAUUCUGCAACAGUUUAUAUAUACCAUUUUCAUUUUCUAAAUUUGCAGUGAACUUUCUUCGGGACGAUAUAAAGCGAUCGUUCGUGAUAUGCGCAUAAAAGAUCAUAUAUUGGAACAUUAACGCUCGAUUGCUAAGACUUGCGACAAUGGCGGUGUAUUAUCCAAAGUUUUUGGUUUUGUUUUCGUUUAUAUGCUUAUAUGUACUUGAUAAGUAUAUGUCGUUUGUGGUAAACGAAUGUGUAUUCGUUUCAAAUUUGUGCAAAAGGAACAUCAGAGUAUGUCGGAACUUUGCGACUAUGUGAUGUAAUAAUUAUAAACAUGUAAUAGUUCUUCUUCGUUAAUAUUGUACUUUAGUAAUCUUCCGUAAUGUUAAAGAAAAAAAAGGCACUAAUUAUAUAAUGUCAACGGCGAUUGUCUCGGAUUAUUACGUUCGCAUGUUAUUUUCAUAUGAAAGAAGAAUGUAUCCGUAUGAAUUCGCCAAUUAUAGUAAAGUUUUCGGGAAUCGUGAUGGCACGUAUACCAUCGCAAAGUACCAUCAGGAAAGAUACAUUCGCGAAUAACGAAUAACAAUUUUGAAAAAAUAUGUAUUGUAUAUAAAUAUAUAUGUAUAUAGGCAUUAGCAUAUAUAAUAUAUAUUAUAUAUGCUAAUAUAUUGAUAUUAGCAUAUAUAAUACUUUUCUAUAUAACAGCAUAUAUAAUAUAUACUAAUACUACACACAUAUACUAAUAAUAUAUAUUAUUAAUAUUUUUUCUGUGAAAACAUAUGUUGUGAUAAAUCGUUUUUUUACAAAUACGUUUUAUCCAACACUGGUAUACAGGUAAUUUUUUAAUAUCAAAAAAAAUGAAUGAAAUUUAAUUUUAAAUGAUAAAAUUGUAAUUUUGUCUAUGAUUACUCUUUGCACAUUAAUUAUUAAUUUUACAUAAUUUUCCAUAUGAAAGUUUAUCAUUAGGAUUACUAGUUUGAUGAUAAUUGCGCGGUUUCAUUGGAUCCAAAAUGUUUCAUGAUAAAUUAAAGUGGGUCCGACAUUUGCAAAUGCAGAGAGAUAUCGUACUUUUAUAUAAAAGAGAUCGUUGAUAAAAAGAAGCGGAUAUGGAUUGACAAGUAAAUUAUUUUUAUCAAUAAUCAAUCACAAAUGUAUAGCAAUUUUGUUUUCUAAUUUUCAAACAUUGAAAUAUUUAUGUUAAAUUUUCACGAUAAAUAAUGUGAAAUUAUUUCUUUCAAAUAUUUCUAUAAUUUUCAGCUGAUGUUUAAUAUCCUAUUAUAGUAGAUCUCGCAGUCAAAGUGAAAUCGUAAUAUUUGGAAGUAAAAUAGCCGAAGGUCCGAACUUCAAUUAAUAAAAUUUUCUUUUAUAUCGACGUGAAAGUACGAUAAAGGAAUAUUCGUGCGUUCAAUCGUUUGACUUAGGCGUCGUUAUGAUUCUUAGUCUUAGUUAUUACGAUCGAGUGCAAUAUGAUUCAGUCGUACAUUUUGUUUAGGAAAACAAAGAUUCGACAAACGGACACCACUGAUAUCCGAUCUUGAAUAUGUUGAAGGCAAACCGAUAAAUUGAAUUCGCGCUUUAUUGAGAACAAUUUUUGUUCCCUUUUCUUUUUUUAAGUAUUUGUUACUAAAUCUAAUUAACAAUUAAUUAUAUAUUUCCUUUUGUAUCAUCUAUCAUAAAAAGAGAGAGACACUGUAGCGAUCAUCCUGUAAGGCCAUGUAUUUCGUAUUACCGUUAAGAUUAAAGUAAAAAAGAGAUAAAUAAGAGCGUGACAGCGUGGCGUAUUUGUGAUCGCGCAUGUAUACAAUAUCGAGUAUCUAAAACUUGAGUUCUACACGAGAGCGAUUUAAGAAAAAAAAAAGAAGAUAAAAUUACAACCAAUCGUCGCGCCGUCGCGUUUGCAUUAAAUAUAUAAUUAUGUAUAAUAUUAGUAUAAUAAAACUAUAUCAAAUAGGCAUUAUAUAUACAAAGGACGACAAAUUUAUUAAUGCGCGUUUGUACGUCACAUGCGGUCCGCGCGUGCGACGAAAGUUGUUCGCAACUCGGUAGAAAUCUAGAUAUAAAUAUAUAUAUAUUAUAUAUAUAUAAUAAAUAUACAUAUAUAUAUAUAUAUUAAGUAUAUUGAAACAGUUAGAUAUCUCAUGUACUAUUUAAAAUAACGAAACAGUGAAAACUUGAAUGUAUUGCAGGGUCACCUUAUACCGUGAAAUAUCGUGGGAAAUUUACCUACUAUGAGUAGAUCUUUGUUAUAUUCUCGGGAAAAAUAAAAAAAAAGAGAGAGCGAAAUAAAUUAAGGCGAUAGAUAUGUGGGCCAUCGUGAACUUACACGGGGACAAAUAUAUAUGUAUAAUAUAUAUAUUGCUCAUAAUGCUUAUAUACAUUAUGUAUAUAUACUGUGUAACAUAUGUAAGUGAAGUAAUCGUCGAGGAAAAAAACGACCAGAUUCAUCCUUUUCCUCGGAGAAAGGGGGAGAGAACAUACUUCCGACAAAGUGGCACACACGCGUGUAAAGAGAGAAUGAAAAAAAAAAAAGAAAAAGCGAUUCCUCUGCAAAUGACCUUUGCAUCUUUGCGCGACACAUUGCUAAGAAUAUGUAACAAGGAAUAAAUAGAAAUAAUGUUUAUAUGAAUUAUUAUGAUUAUUAAUAAUGAUACUAUCAUACGUUACGAGGGUAAAAACUAAGAGUUGAUUCAUGCUUUUAAGAGAUUUAGUUUCGUGCUUGUUUAAAAAUAAAGAUGAAGAUAAUGGCAAGCAGUCAGAUCCGUGCGUUCCGUGCGUUGUGAGUCGAAGCGAAUUGUAUGCGUCGAUGUAAAGACGAUGUUUCGGACACCAUCAUCGUCAUUGUUGUUCAUCGCUAUGUUACGUUGCAUCUAAAAUUGCGCAGGGCAUCGUGCAUCAUUCAUCUAACAUACUAAGCAUUUAGGCGGUCUGCGCUUCGGCUCAGAGCGAAAAAAAACGUGGUGAGGGAAAAAAAGAUUCAAAAUAUGAUUAUUUACUUUAGAUAGAACGAAAAUAUGUAUAGAAUUUUAUUAUGCACCAUUGUAAUAUUAUGUAUCCCAGUUGUGACACAAUAUACACUGGUGUUAUGUUAAA